CAAAGCCCUUGACCUUUGCCGAUUGUGUUGGGGAUGAGCUUCCUUUAGGAUGGGAAACGGUAUAUGAUAAGCAAAUUGGAAUUUAUUACAUGGACCACAUAAACAAGCUCACCCAGAUCGAGGACCCCAGAGAGCAGUGGAGGCGAGAGCAGGAACGGAUGUUGAAAGAAUACUUAGUGGUAGCCCAGGAGGCUCUCAAUGCCAAGAAAGAAAUCUACCAGAUUAAGCAGCAGCGGUUCGAGCUGGCACAGGAGGAGUUCCAGCAUCUGCACAAAAUGUGUGAGGACGACAGCCGCUCGUACGCCAGCUCCUACUCUGGAUAUUCAGCAAACACAAAGUACGACCCACACCAAAUUAAAGCAGAAAUAGCCAGUCGUCGGGAUAGGCUUUCCAGAUUAAAGCGAGAGCUGGCGCAGAUGAAGCAAGAGCUGCAGUACAAAGAGAAGGGGGUGGAGACCCUGCAAGAGAUUGACCGCAAGAUGUCAAACACUCACACCACCUACAAGCUGGAUGAGGCCCAGGCGAUCAUGAACGAGCUGCGGACCAUCAAGAAGGCCAUCUGCACAGGCGAGAAGGAGCGGCGGGACCUGAUGCAGAGCCUGGCCAAGCUCACCGACGGCUUCAGGAAUAACUUUUCUCUGACCGACCCGCUGCAAGAAGUCCCUCACCACCCAGGCGCGGUGGGCAACUCUCACCAGUUCUGCGACGCUGGGUCUCAGACCGACAUCAUCGGAGAGUUUGUCUUCGACGAUAAAACAAGACUUGUGGACCGCGUCCGGCUGAACUGGCAGUACGAGGAGGCCAGGAAGAGAGUCUCAAAUAUCCAGCAGCAGCUGGCGCAGCUCGAGAACGAGUCGUGGCCGGGCAUGGCCGAGGCCGACCGAGACCGGCUGCAGCUCAUCAAGGAGAAGGACAUUACCCACAGGAUUCUACUUCAGGAAAAAAGAAAUUGUCUGCUUAUGCAGCUGGAAGAAGCUACUCGCUUAACAUCCUAUCUCCAGUCCCAGUUAAAAAGCAGCUUCACCGACAUCUACGGCCUGCCCCAGUACGACAAGCCGGACGCGGCGGAGUGCAGCCAGCUUUUGCGCUUUGAUCUGAUUCCCUUCGACUCCCUGGGACGAGAGGCCCCCUUCUCCGAACCCCAGGUUCCCCCGGGCUUCCACAAGCAGAGGCGCUCCCUGGACACGCCCCAGUCCCUGGCGUCCCUGUCCUCCCGCUCCUCCCUGUCCUCCCUGUCUCCCCCGAGCUCGCCCCUAGACACGCCCUUCCUCCCACCCUCUCGGGACUCGCCCCUGGCCCCGCUGGGGGACAAUUUGGAGGUGCCCGGCCUGGGCACCCUAGACAGACUACGGGCUCAGGCCUCGGCUCUGGGAGAGGAAGACUUGCAGGGCGCAGCGUCCCUGCCACCACCGAAUGCAUUCCCUGGGGAUGGGGAAGGACCUCGCGAGCGAGGACCCCAAGUGGCAGCCAUCGCCACUGGUACAACAGUGACUCUUCGAGAAGACGGCGCCAGGAGGCUGGAGAGGAGAGGGCGCCGCGUGUCCGCGUGCCUGUCGGACUACUCCCUGGCCACCGACAGCGGCGUGUUUGAACCUCCAGCCAAAAGGACCGAAGAUGCCGAGGAGCCCGCACAGGGAGACACUCGCGCCAUGGAAGGGCCGCAGAUCCACGUGGGCUAUUGGCACGACAGUGGCAGCGAGUGUCUCCUCGUGAAAGUGCUCCAGCUGAAGAACCUCGCGGGGCUGGCCGUGAAGGAGGACUGCAAGAUACACGUCCGCGUCUACUUGCCGUCGCUGGACUCCAGCACACCAGACACUUACUGCUCCAAGGCAGUGGAAUUCCAGGCCCCCCUGGUAUUUAAUGACGUUUUCAGAAUCCCUGUGCACUCAAGCAUGUUGACGUUGAAGUCCCUUCAAUUAUAUGUGUGUUCAGUGAAUCCGCAGCUGCAGGAAGAACUGCUGGGCAUCGCUCAGAUUAACUUGGCCAACUGCAGCGGCCCGAGUGGCCGCGCCGCCGCCACUGCCGCGGCCGCUGCCGCUGGGAAGACGGACGCGGUGACGGUGCUGCUGGCCAGAACCACGGCCCAGCUGCAGGCAGUGGAGAGAGAGCUGGCCGAGGAGCGUGUGAAGCUGGAGUACACGGAGGAGAUGGAACGGAAGGAGGAGCAGACCGAGGCCCGGUCUGAGCGGAGCUGGCAGGCCGACUCGGUGGACAGCGGCUGCAGCAGCUACACCCAGACCAGCCCCCCGCACCCGGAGCCCUGCUGCAGCGGCGUGGACCCCAUCCAUGGACACCCGAUCGCGGGCCAGGCAGAUCCUUACCACCCCGAGAAGCGCCAGCUCCCUCCUCCGAAGGUGGAUAAGGAAACCAACACAGAAGACCUGUUCCCAGAAGAACUAGCGAGUCUGCCGAAGGAGAGGCCCAGCCGCAGGGCCCGCGCCUCGCCCUUCGUCCGCAGUGGCACCAUCGUCCGUUCCCAGACUUUCUCGCCUGGGGCACGGAGCCAGUAUGUGUGCAGACUUUACCGCAGCGACAGCGACAGUUCCACGCUGCCCCGGAAGUCCCCCUUCGUCCGCAACACUUUGGAGAGACGGACCCUCCGCUACAAGCAGUCCUGUAGGUCAUCCCUGGCCGAGCUCAUGGCCCGCACGUCCCUGGACCUGGAGCUGGACCUCCAGGCAUCGAAAACUCGGCAGAGGCAGCUGAACGAGGAGAUCUGCACCCUUCGCGAGCUGAGGCAGCGCCUGGAGGACGCCCAGCUCCGAGGCCAGACCGACCUCCCGCACUGGGUGCUGCGGGACGAGGAAGUAAACCGCCUUGUUCACCCAAUGUUGCCGCUCCAGACCAGACAGACCAAGCUUGACUUCCAUCAAGAACAGGCAGCUGAGAAGAUGCUGAAGAAGGCCUCCAAAGGGGUCUGCCAGCUGCGGGGGCAGAACCACAAGGAGCCCGUGCAGGUGCAGACCUUCAGGGAGAAGAUAGCGUUUUUUACAAGACCAAGGAUUAACAUACCUCCUCUGCCUGCCGACGAUGUUUGAUGUAGUGCUUUGUACACACGAAGUAUUUAUCUUCCUGUUUUAUUUUCAUGAAGUUCUUAGACUAGCUAAAGUUGUCUUUAAACUAUUUGUGCAAAGCUAUUAAUAUACACAUUUUGUAAAAAAACACACAUAUAUCUAUACAUAUAUAUUUUAUAAUAGUGACGGCAACAGGGCUUGGUUUUUCCUUGUUGUGAAAUUGACAUCUCUGAAGACAAGUUAUUUUAUAAGAGAUCAACUAUCCUGUUAAGAGUGUACAGUUUUUACGCUGUUUUAUUUGAUUUAAAGGCUGGAAGACAGAAACGAAGUGAGUUCAGGCAAAUUCACUGUAUUGUAACUUAUUUAUAGUACUUUUUUCCUUGAAGGAAAAUACUGACUUUAAGAUGUAUUUUAAGGCUGAAACUGUAUUCCUCAGUAUUUGUCAUGCAGUAGAAUGGAACUUCGGGGCCGGUUUUGUUUCUGACACGGACGUGCAAACACUUUGUGCUGAACUCGUCACUCGUACCAGUGUCUCCUGUGUGCCUUGAUUGUGUAUAUUGUCCACUGUCACACUCACUGUGUCCUGUUGAGAUCCCACCUGGGGCUCAGUCGCAGAGCCCGGUCCCCCGCGGGGACUGGGCGCCGAACCCCCCCAUUUCUGUGUUGUGUCAGCGCACGGUUCUGUGCUCCCCCCCGAGUUUGAAGCUUUGGAAGCGGCCCUGGCUGGGGCCUGCCUGUCCCCAGCGGCUGCCCACGCUGCCCUGCACCCACCCGGGCAGCCUGCCCCUCUGGUGCGCCCCAUCCGACCCUGACCUUGACCAUCAGGAAGGCGGUGCGGGGCUCCCGUUCUACUGCUCUGUCAUGAAGGAAAGUGAAAGAGACUUAGAAACGCACUGUCACCAGUCAGUGACUCCGCCCAGGCGACGGCAGUCUGACCUCUGACGUAGGCUUGACCUCUGAAGGCGCUUUUCUGGAAGGAAGCGCAUGCACACGCGGGUGACUGCUGUCACCCAGCGAGUCAUUCACAGGAGAGGAUGUGAGAUAUUUGAUUGAAAUCAGAAUCCUUCCCCCCAAUACUGGAAUCUACCCAAUAUUUCUUAAGAAAUCUUAGAAGUAGUUCACGAGAAAAUUGUUUUAUGUAAUAAAAAUCCCACUAUUCUUUUGAAAUGCUAAAUGAUAUGAAUAUUUUGCCUAAUGCGUAUUUAUUGUAUAUGGAAUGCACUCUCCCUUCUGAAGCCUCAGAGAAGUAAGUGAGGUGGUCACACGGAUUAGAGAAGAAAGCGGAACUCUCUCGCCCUAGAUUCCCUGCCCCUCCCUGAAGUGCCCCCUUUAAUCCAUGUCUCUCCUCGUUAGUCUGUAAUCGCCCCCUUGUAGAGCCCACCUUCCCUUUUGCAUUUAUUAAAAGUGAAUUUUGUAAAAGCAUUUCAUUGACACGCGACCUGUCACGGGCAACGGAAGUUGUCAGUGGUGGUAAGACUGAAAACUUUAUGCUUUUCACCCUUGUCAUCUCUUUGCUAUGUAUUUGUGCCUUGACUCUCGCUGGUUUUUUGUUGCGUUUUGGUUUUUUUUUUGGCUGAUUUCUCUGUGUUCAUGCCCACAACAGAGAUAGAGACGCGCAAAGCGUCGGGAGCCCGGAGGACAGUGGCCGGGCCCCCUCCGUGUGCUGCUGAAACUUCCACCAACCACUGUCUGCCCUGCCCUCGGGGUGCGGGGCCGGUCACUGCCGCCUCGGGGUGGACGGCUCCCUCACGUGGGAGAGUCCCCUGGCCGUGGCCUGGCCGCCCCUGUUCAGUGGCUGCCACCUGAAGCCGGUGCCUCGAGGCCACUUUUCUGCUAACCUCCCCCUGCCCCGCGGAAAGCUCUCACGUGGUGUUGGCAACAAAUCUCACUGCCCAGAGCGGACAGAUUGACACGCGGGGUGCCUCCCCGCCCCAGGGCUUAACAGAAACCCCAGAAGCAAGCGCAGGCCUGCGCUGCUGUCUGUCUGAGGAGCACUUGGGGCCUCCCCAGCCCCCACUGCCCAGGCCCCAAAGGGCACAAAGCCAGCCACGGCCCAGCCGGGGUCAGGCAGGAGGACUCCGCCUUCAUUCAGGGACGCUGCUUUCGAUGCCACCCGCGCGUCAGAAAGUGAAGUCCUGUCGUCUUAAGGGGUGUUUUCACCUUCUGUUUCACCUGGUCCACGCCACGCCCUGGAUACCCAGCACCGUGCCAUGUUCAUCAGUUUGAAUCCAGACACGGGAAAAGGGAACUUGAUCUUCACCGCAUCUGAUCAUGCAAUUGUCACCUCCUGUUGUGGGAAUAAGUUCUAAUCAGUAGUCAUCUCUGUUCUAAUUGUGCCAUUUGUAUUGCUUGAAAAUAUUUCUUCUAUAAAAUUAAACUAAUCUGCCUUAACAACAAA